CUGAAGUGAGGUCUCUUAAAUCGUUGGCACGUCUUCCUCCCCGAGGUGGUGCAAUUUGGCGUAAAUCCUGGAGUCCUUUGUCACUUUGUUUCAGAACUUAUGAUUAUGGAGAAAUGGAAGAACAUAAGGGCUGCGUUUAAUAAAUCUUUGAAAAAGACAACUGGAGAUUCAGCAAAAAAGAAAUACUUAUACCAUGAUAAUUUAUUGUUCAUGUUAAGUAUUAAAAGAUAGCACCGAAUCUAGCUGGGUAGAGGAUACUUCGCUAGUUAAUGAUGAUGAUGAUGGCGUUUCUGAAGAAAUGCAAAGGAAGGAGGAGAGCUUUCAGAAGAAUUAAGAAAUGGUAAGGUUAUGGAAGGUCAAGAAUUAAACAGCGAAAGAAAAGAGCAAAGACAUUAGCUGAUACUGAGGUGAACUUCCUCCAGAUGAGGAUGAGUUAUUUUUCAAAUCGUUGUUGCCUACUGUAAGAACACUGAACGUGGAUGAAAAAUUAGAAUUUCGCAUGGAAGUCCUUAGCAUCGUUCACAAAAUAAGCCAAAAAAAAACGAAAUCAACGGUAUUAUCAUCCGCCAUUACCGUCGCCACAGCCAUCACUUCAUUCAAAUUCCAGGCAAUCAAAUUAUGAUUCUUCUUCUCCCCAGUAUGUGUAAUCAUAGCCCAUCAGGACCUGUUGGUUUUCCUCAACAAACAUACACGCAACUUCGAGGCAUUAAUGGUUUGUUGGAAUAAUUUCAAUAAUUACUAUAUAAUUAGAUAAUUAUACUAUGUAGUUUUGAAAAUACACAUUUAUUGUAUUUUGAAGACAUAUACAAUCUCUUAAUCGGUCAACUAAAUAACCAAACGUCUCUUUACUCAUGCGAAAAUAAUUAAAGAAUUUUCCAGGGGUUUCUCUAAGUUUUUCAAAUAAUGUACAGGGUGACUUACGGGAGACGGAUGUUUUUGAAAUGGCUAGUGCAUGCCUUCGUUAAGUGGUGGGGCGACGGACGGUAGGUCAUUCACUCCAUUGCAGCUUACCAUUUCAGUAGCAAUGGAGCAGUGGACGACGGAGCAUCGUGUUUUUGCGUACGAUACGUUUGUUCGAAAUGGCGAGUCUGUUAUAACCACACAACGAAUAUUUCGUCGCCACUUCAAUAUCGGUCGGAACGGCACAGUGCCAAGUCGAGACACUUUGUUAAGGUGAGUUAAGGCAUUCAGAACAACGGGGACAAUAUCCAAGAAAAAGCUACCAGGCCCUGCAAGAACAGAAAGGACGCCUGAAAACAUCGCCAGUGUGAGGGCUGCAAUAAUCAGGAGUCCGAGUCGAUCUGCACGCCAACAUGCACGAGAACUAAACAUGAGUCGUGAUUCUGUGGUCCAGCAACUCAACGUGGCGGAUUAUCAACAAAGAAAAGAAUUCGCAGAGCGUAUGCAACUGUUGUUUAAUGGUAAUCGUAAUGCAGUACUGUUAAUGAGCGACGAAGUCCAUUUUCAUUUGAACGGUUUGGUAAACAAACAUAACUUUCGUUACUGGGCUACUGAAAAUCCCUGUAACAUUCAUGAAAAACCUCUCCACUCUCCAAAAGUUACAGUUUGGUGUGCGGUAGCCAAGUUUGGAGUUAUUGGGGCGUAUUUUUUUCAGGAAAAUGGCGUGACGGUGACAGUGACAUCACAACGCUACGUUCACAUGUUGAAUACAUUUUUGAGGCCAUACCUUCAGAGGCAAGGAUUCAACGUGAAUAAUGUUUAUUUCCAGCAAGAUGGCGCCACGGCGCACACUGCUCGCGCAUCAAUGGAAGUUGUGAGAAACAUGUUUCCUGGAAAGCUGAUUUCACGUUUUGGUGACGUACCGUGGCCGCCAAGGUCACCGGACUUGUCCUACUGUGAUUACUUCUUGUGGGGGUAUUUGAAAGAACGUGUGUAUGCUCACAAACCCCGUAAUUUAUUGGACUUAAAAGACGCAAUUACAGAAGAGGUGAAUUUGAUUGAUCAAGACAUGUUGACCCGAGUUUCCAAUGAUUUUCAACAGAGGCUGGAAACCUGUAUUGAAGCAGAUGGGCACCACAUGACUGAUGUAAUUUUUAAAAAGUAACUUUUUCAUGAAAUGGUAUGUAAUAAUCUUUAUUUGUGUAACAAUAAAAUAAUAGUAUCUUGUAAAUUAAUUGUGUACUGCUCAUUUCAAAAACAUCCGUUUCCCGUAAGUCACCCUGUAUAAAACGUCCCUUCCACAUAUCUGACCCUCAAAAUGGGAUGGACCCAAUAUUGCCUUAGAGUCUGGAUAGCUUGCCUUCUUCGGCGCCUACGUAAAACCAUCGCUAGUAAAAUUAAUUUCCUUCGAUCCAUCACUUCGAAGCUUACAGCACCAACUGACUAAAAUCAAUCUGGCAACACGGAAUAUUAAUCUAAACUGAUUCGCAAGUGGGCGAGCACUCAGCGGAUGCGGCGUCAAAUUGUGCCGUUACCGUCUUGUGGCCAAACGCCCUUAAAGUACCAGUGCGCGCAACUGAGUGAGUGGUUUCGCCACAGUUUCGUUAAAAGGUACAACCAGGAGCUCAAUCUGCUCAACGCAAAGGAGACGGCAUCGGCAUCAAAAAGGUAGGCGCUCCACAUUUUUGUAAACGGGCUCAAGUGCGUUUAUAGACUCAGUGGUCUAUUCCGUUUUGACAUUACGACAGUAGAGUGUACACUCAUUUGCCUCUCUUCUUUUUCUUGUGUAGGCAGGGUGUCUUAAAUUAUUGUAAAUUUUAUAGUAGCAUUAAUUUUAUUGUAGGUAAUAUAUGUUAGUUCGAGUUAGAUUUAUUAUUAAUUAUUAGCCCACUGGUCCUGUUUGAGAUCUUGGAUCGAUCUCCGACUUCGAACGAAGGAUCAGGUUGUUUCGUAACCAACGAUAAUAAUUUUAUUGAAUUUGAAUAACAAGAAUAAUUAAAUUAAAAUAUGUAUAAACUUAAAUUUAU